AUGUCUCUCAUCCCGUGGUUCCGGUGGAAUGAGCCCCCACCCCGGCUGUCAUCCAGGAGCCCUGCUGAGAUGGUGCUGGAGACGCUCAUGAUGGAGCUGGUGGGGCAGAUGCGAGAGGCUGAGAGGCAGCAGCGGGAGCGGAGCAACUCGGUCAGGAAGAUCUGCACCGGUGUGGACUACAGCUGGCUGGCCAGCACGCCCCGGUCUACCUAUGACCUCAGCCCAGGGGAGCGGCUGCAACUGGAGGAUGUCUGUGCCAAGAUCCACCCAUCCUACUGUGGGCCUGCCAUCCUCAGGUUCCGACAGCUGCUGGCGGAGCAGGAGCCCGAAGUGCAGGAGGUGUCCGGCCUCUUCCGCUCGGUGCUGCAGGAGGUCCUGGAGAGGAUGAAGCAGGAGGAGGAGGCCCACAAGCUGACGCGCCAGUGGAGCCUGCGACCCCGGGGCAGCCUGGGCACAUUCAAGAGCCGCGCGCGCAUCUCGCCCUUCGCCAGCGACAUCCGGACCAUCUCGGAGGACGUGGAGCGCGACGCGCCGAGGCCGUCCCGCACCUGGAGCAUGCCUGAGUUUCGGGCACCCAAGGCCAACUGA